AUGUCACAAGGCGAAACCGUAUCUACGCCUUCAUCCGUUUCCAGAAGUCGAAUGGGAGGUGCGGUGAAACCGAGAUCGUUCACGAGGGUGACUUCAAAUGGAAGUAUCUCGGAGCCAGGUCAAGGGAACAGACCAUCUAUCAAAAAUUCACCGUCCGAAUCUAGUCGUCGUAAACCCACUUUCACCACCUCCUUGAAUUAUCCAGAAGUACUUCCUGCCCCGACGUAUUUCGCUAACGAAGGUGAAUUACAGAGGAGUCAGAGGAAAUCAAAAGUCAACGCUUUGACUAAGCUGGAUCGUGCUGGUACUCCCAUUCAACUGAAUAGUGGACCGACUGCAACAUCCUUUUUACCUUCCUCUGCUCAGAUUCAACAGCAGCCUCAACCUAUUGCUGGACCUUCCGCUCAGCGUAACCCACUACAUAGACCGGUGGUGGUCAAUCCGCCGUUCAACCCUUCAUCUGUACGUCAAGAGGCUCCAAGGCAUCCUGCUCCUCGGAAUACACCUCGUCUAUUCGAGAUAGACGAAUGUCCAACCUACUAUCCCACGAAAGAGCAGUUUACAGAUUGUAUGGGUUACAUAGCAUCUAUAACGGACGAUGCGAGACCUUACGGAAUAUGUAAGAUCGUUCCGCCUGAAGGAUGGAAAAUGCCUUUCGUACUAGAUUCGGAAACGUUUAGAUUCAGGACUCGUCUACAGAAGUUGAAUAAGCUGGAAGCUGCUUCAAGGGCAAAGAUCAACUUCUUAGAACAACUAUCAAUGUUUCAUAAUCAAUCAAACAACAAGGAAGAAAUUACUAUACCGACGAUCGAAAGACAACCUUUGGAUGUAUGGAAAUUGAGAAAGGAAGUCAACAGAUCAGGAGGUUAUUUGGAAUUGGAUAGAACGAAGACAUGGUCGAAGAUCACUGAUUCGUUAGGGUUGAAAUCGACUUGGAUCCCUCAAGUUAGAGAAGCAUAUAUGAAGAUUGUUCUACCAUUCGAUAAUUAUUCGGUGAGAGCAAAAUCCGCUUCCGUAUCACCUCUAACCCCGUUAAACGGCAAUACAAACGGGAAUGUGAAACCGCCAGCUUUCAGUACGGAUGCUCCCCCUUCACCCAGUCAACCUCGUUCGGUAGGGAGGAUGGGAUCGAUCAAAACUAGUCCACGAACCCGAACUAGCAGUAGGAUGUCAGGUGCAAGUCUGGGUGUGGAUCCUCAAUCUUUGCCCCUGAGUGCUGCACCUUUAUCCGAUGUCAAUGGACUUCAAGCUGCUGCUGAGAUUGAAAGGCCGUCAUCAGCUACGCCCUCUCUGACCACCUUCACGAUCAAAGUCCCUGGAUUUUCGAAUCGGGAUGGAAGUGAAAGUGAGUUGAGCGAUGCCGAAACUUCAUCAGAUGGAUCACCGAAGAAGGGAAAGGACGGAACACCAGUAUACAAGAAAGGCGACAUCUGCGAGAUAUGUCGUUAUGGUCAUACGGCAGAAAAGAUCCUACUAUGCGAUGGAUGCGAUAGAGGAUUCCACACAUACUGUCUUGAUCCACCAUUGUCAUCCGUGCCCGCCAACGAGGAAUGGUUCUGUACAUCUUGUCUACUCAGUCAAGGCGAUGAUUUCGGAUUUGGCGAAGGGGAAGAUCAUUCUGUAGCUUCGUUCCAAGCAAGAGAUGCUUCUUUCUCAUGGCAUUGGUGGAAUCGCCAUCGCCCUGUCCCAUCAUCUACCUCAUCGUCUCCCUCUAGGACUAACAGUGCUAGCCACGUAUCCCCACAAAUGCCAAGUAAACCUGCGAACCCCCUUGCUAGGAAUUUCGGUAAAGUCACAGUCACCGAAGAUGAUGUUGAGAGAGAGUUCUGGAGGUUGACGGAAAGUCAGACUGAUACGGUUGAAGUGGAGUAUGGCGCCGACGUGCAUUCGACCACUCACGGGAGUGCUGGACCUACGAUGGAGACCCAUCCGCUUGAUCCCUAUGCUGCUGAUGGUUGGAACCUGAACAAUAUGCCUAUAUUGCCUGAUUCACUACUACGCUAUAUCCGAUCUGAUAUCUCAGGUAUGACUGUACCGUGGAUAUAUCUCGGAAUGAUGUUCUCCACCUUCUGUUGGCAUAACGAGGAUCACUAUACGUAUAGUGUUAAUUACAUGUAUUGGGGAGAAACCAAAACUUGGUAUGGGGUACCAGGAUCCGAUGCCGAGAAAUUCGAACAAGCCAUGAAGUCCGAGGCUCCCGAAUUAUUCGAACAACAACCCGGGCUUCUCUUUCAACUGGUCACUAUGAUGAAUCCGGGUCGAGUCAAAGAGGCCGGCGUCAAGGUUGUCGCAUGCGAUCAACGACCUAACGAAUUCGUUAUAACUUUCCCUAAAGCCUAUCAUUGCGGCUUCAACCAUGGUAUCAACAUGAACGAAGCUGUCAAUUUCGCGUUGCCCGAUUGGCUGCCUGAUGGCAGAGAAGCAGUGAUGCGAUAUCAGCAGCACCUGAAACCACCUGUCUUCUCUCAUAACGAACUUCUGAUCACUAUCACGCUAUACUCUGAGACCAUCAGAACUGCCUUGUGGCUUAAGGAUAACCUGUCGGUUAUGGUUGAAGACGAGACUCGUCGUCGAAACCAACUUCGUCUGACUUUCCCUUCCUUGGCGGAAACUCAAACAGAAGAAGACGGUUCGGAAGAACAAUAUCAAUGUUCAGUCUGCAAAUCAUUCUGUUACCUUGCCCAGAUUACUUGUACUUGUACGAAACUAGUCGCUUGUCUUGAUCAUGCGGAUCAGCUUUGUUCCUGCCCCCAAUCGAAGAAGACGCUGAGGAAGCGAUACACCGAGGCCCAGCUGGAAGAGAUACUAGCCAUAAUCGCUGCUCGAGCUGCUCAACCGGAUGCUUGGCGAGCCAGACUAUAUACCCUGCUAGGAACACCUCGACCAGCGUUAAAAUCUAUGCGUGCUCUCGUAGCGGACGGCGAGAAGAUUGCUUACCCCAUGCCCGAAGUACAGAGUCUUCGAGCUUUGGUAGAUCGAGCGAAUAGCUGGGUAGAAAGAGUAUCGCUUCUCGUCACCAGGAAAAGUGCCGGUAGAAGAAGGAAAGGGAAGAAGGAGGAGGAUGAAGAUGAAGAGAUGAACAUCGACAGAAGUCCGGAAAACCUAUCUGCUCUUCUUCAUGAAGGCGAAAAGCUGGCCUUUGAUGCUCCGGAGAUACUUCAACUUCGACAAACCCUAUUAAACAUUCAGAAUUUCCAAUCUGAAGCUACGGUCAUCCUGUCGACUCCUGAAAGCACCUUAGAUCUUGAGAAAUGUAAGACCGCUCUGAUCUUGGGAGAAAGCCUGAACCUUGAUCUACCGGAGAUUACCGCUAUAGCCAAUAUCGUCAAUCGAUUGUCGUGGUUCAGGAAAGUCGAGGAAGAAGUGGACGAUCGAACUCUUGAAUUCGAUGAUACGGUCAAACUGCUAGAUCAAGCUGAAGAGUACGGUAUACCUGAAGAUCAUCCUACGAUCGCUGAGCUGAAGAAACGCAGGCAAAGGGGUGCAGAAUGGUUAAAUGCUGUAGAUCGACUAUUCAAUGCUCCUCGCAUCAAGAUCGAGGAGAUAUCGGAGCUCAUAGAGGGAAAAGAGCUCAUACCUGUUUCGACGGACAAGAUGCGCCAACUUGAAAGUAUUCGAAAGACCGUCUUGAACUGGCAAGCCUCAGCCAAGAACUUCUUGUCGUCUAAUGGAUCCGCACUGGCUGCUUCGCGACUAUGCAAGAACGUCUCAAUAGCUUCGGCACCUAUCAACCGAGUUGAGAUACCCGAAAUCAUAGAAUUGCAAGCGGAAUUAGAACACCACAACCAAUGGCAAUGGGAGAUAUCCUCUGUUUUGGAAGUCCCAAUAGCGAAAGUCGCCAGUACGAUGAAUUAUCUCAAGAGGGAAUUUGAGACGCACUUAUCGCCCGAAGAUGACGAACCAAAUGAUGAAUUCGUGUGUUUCUGUCGAGGGAUGUCCGGAGCAGUCAUGGUCACUUGUCAAAAUUGUUUGGGAGAAUAUCAUCCGAAAUGUGUAGGGAUCUCACCUAAAUACGCUAAUAACCCCUAUCAAUGUGAAAUGUGUCAGCGACUCCUUCCUGGUUUAUCACCUUCAUUGAAUGACUUUGGAUCGGUUGUGGUAUCGGAAAGAUGGAAUUUCAAGAUUGUCCCUCCUGAAUUCAAAGUUGCCAAAGAAAUUGUCGAAAUGGCUUUACGAUACUCUACGGUGAUACUCAAAACAAUCGACCCGUUAGAUGAGACUUGUCAACCUUAUUCGAAAGAUACUGAGAAGAUCCAACAUACCAUUCGAAAGAUAUAUAAUUUACCUUUAUUAUUGGAUGCUACGAAUAUUCAUACGGGUGAAAGAGUAGUUUACAUCAAAUGGUUGUUCAGAAGAUUACAAGAUUGUAUCAAGUAUCAUAAUGGUUUAUCGUCCACAUCCAUCGGUAAUGGCAACGGCACGAAUGGACUGAAUGGUACAGCAGGAAGAGAGAAGAGAACAAGAGGUAGAAAACCCAAAUUAAUCAUCACUCAAUCUUAUCCGAGGGAAUUUCACUGCAUAUGUGGUCAACCCGAGUCAACAUACGAUAAUGAAAGGUUUGGUGCGACGAUUGAAUGUGCGAAGUGUAAUCAAUCGUAUCAUUCAUAUUGUGUGAAAGCGCCUCCUGAAUUAUUGGCUCAAAUACAUAAGACGAUUGAUGAAGAAAAUGGUACCGGAGGUAAUAAGACUUUCUGGAGAUGUCCUUGCUGUACAGUCAAAGAGGCGAAAUACUAUCUGAAAGGUGUUGAAGUUAGAGUACAAUUUAAGGAACAAGUUGGAACUGAUCAAUAUAUCGAUUAUCGAUCGACCAUCAAUGAAUAUGCUGAAAAACCAAUAAUGGUCAAUCUAAGACAUUCGACCGAUGUGGUCUUAUUGGAAUGUUCCAAAUUCAUCGCUCCGAUCUUACCUGAGGAUUUCGUGAGAGAUGAUAUCGACGAAGGAGGUGAAGGAAGUUCGAGAAAGAGAAGGAAAGUCAGACCAUCUGACAUUCACCCUACUACGACGACAGCUGUAGGAGAAGAUCAUGUUCACACGCCUUCUUCAUCCACCCAAAGAAUGUUUAACGGUAAUGGCAGUGGACCUCAGACGGCUUAUCCUUCACCUGUCACUCAUCCUUUACCUCAACCUCAGACUGCCAGGAUGUCCGAUCCAGUGCCUACUCCUCAAUACCUUGAACCUAGGUCGAAUGGUAAUGAUCAUAGCAAUGGUAAUAGUCCUACUCCACCUACCGCCGUACCAUCGCCGCCUGUCCCACAAGUCUAUCCACCUCAGACAGUUACUAAAUCCCCUCCUUCGAUGAUCGUUCCGAACUCUGCUCCAUUGGUCAAAUCGACUUCACCGGUGAAUUCCACGGUGAAUUCCAACAAGUCCAUCUCACCUCGACAGCCACCUCCGCAUGUACUGCCCGCAGCUGAGGAACCUGCAGUAUCCGCCGCAGAAGAUGGAUUACAUUAUCCGCCUCCUCAAUCCCUUACAGAACAAAGUGAAGUACCUGGCACUCAAAAUAUCCCGGAAGUACCUCCAUUACGGAUCAACAUCUUCAAUCGGAAUGAAGCACAACCACAAUCUCAGCCAACAGUCAAUGAUAAAGAUCAACCUUUACAGCAAUCUGGAACGGAAAGACCUAGACCAAGUAGUGGUAGUAUAAGUCCUCAGAAGAGGAAGAUGCUUCUCGAAGCUGAGAAUAUCAUCGAUUUGUCCGGGGAUGAAGAUGAAGAUGGAAACGGGGACGGUAAUGUACCACAACCGUUACCUACUCAUUCUCCGAGGGAGAGAGAAAGGUCUCGAUCAGGUUCAGGUUCGGGCGGGUUGCAGUUGAAUAGGGUGAGAUCGAAUUCGAGAUCUACACAGGGGUCUAGUGUACAUGAUGCGAUUGUGGUCGUCGAUGAUUAG